AUGUGUGGCAGCAAAAGAAACGCCACCAGGAACACUGACAGCAGAACCAGCAGCAGCACUAGCGACUUCAGCCCCAAUUGCCACUUGCGUUUGCUGGACGAAGAGGCACUGCAGCUUUUCCCCUCCGCGGUGCCUUUGGCCUGUACCGAGCUACCUGCUAGAGCCAACUGCAGCAGUAAGCAUGACAACACCAGCAGCAGCAAUGGGGAGCAUGAGACGUGGUAUAUGAUACUGCACGGCAUAUUGGGUGGGAGGCGCAACUUGCGGAGUUUGGCCGCAAAUAUUAUCUGUGGAAACACAGAAACAACUGCUCAAAGUAGCACCUCCUGUAGCCACCAAAGGGGAGCUCCGCGGGGUCGGCAACGGGCGUUUUGUUUCGAUCUAAGGGGCCAUGGCUGCAGCGGGAGGGGUGAAUUGAAGUUGCAUCUGAUGGCGAGGGAUGUGUACGCCCAAAUAUACUUGCUGUUAACGGAAUUGGCGAAGAAACGACGGGUGGAUAUCGGCUCGCUGCUGGCAGAGACUGGCAGCGGCGCCAACAGCAAAAACGGUAGCAACAGCGGUGUGCUGCUUCCUCACUGGCCGGGCAUUAUGCGCGUGCAUGCGCUAUCCAAAGCCCUUGGCGUCCGUUUAGUGUUGGUUGGCCACAGCUUUGGGGGCAUGGUUUGCAUGCAGUCAGCUUUAGACACAUUGGGACUUCCUGUCUUUGCAGCUGUUGUUGUACUUGACAUCGCCCCAAGCCCCUACCUGCUGCAGCCGCACCUGCUGUCACCCGAAGUUGCUUCAAGGGAAAGCACGAGCAUAUUUAUACCAUUUGACACAAACAGCAGCACUAAAAGCAGUAGCAGCAAAAGGAGCACAAGCAGCGAGAGCGGCAACAGCAGCAGCAGAAUAGCUUGUUGUUUGGACGUGGCUCGUUUGGUACCUCCUCCAAAGGAGGGGGGAUACUCUUCCGCUGCUCUUAUAUCUAUCUUGGCUGACAUUUCUCUGCCUCUCUUCAGCACGAAAGCUGCUGUAGCCAAGGUGCUGCAGCAACUGCAGCCCCCUAUCAACCCCGCAGUGAUAAACUGGCUAUUGCUAUCUCUGUCGACCAAUAAGCAGAGAACAGCUGAGCUUGAGCACCUCACUAGACAGCAAACAUGCGUAUCAGACGGAGCCAGAAUCAAACAGGGAGUAGUAAUGCCGCAUGAAAUGCAGCGACAGCAGGACAUGCAACAGCUGCAACAGCACCUGGUGGAGAAGCAGUUUGACGACGCCUUAUGCUGGCACUUGGACCUUCUGGCCCUCCAGGAACUGGUUGCAACUAAUAUUAGCAUGGGCUUGGCUGCUGCGCCUCUGUCCGUGCACAACCCGGAGCUGACAGCAGCACCAGGGACAGCAACGGCAACAGGAACAUCAGCCACAGGGAGCAGACCAUCCUACACAGGCCCAUGCCUCUUUGUGCGGGGGGCCCUCUCGCCUUGGCUCAACUACAAGCAGCAGCAGCCUUCUAUACACCGCCAUUUCCCGAAAGCAACCCUGCGCGAGGUGACGCACGCUGGUCACUGGCUGCACGCACAGCAGCCCCAGCAAACAGCAGCCACUAUUAUGCAGUUCUUAAGGGCGCUUGGCUUGCAGUGA